ACAAAUAAACUAAGCUCAUUUCAUAAGUGAGAAGACCAAAAAUCCAUCUCAUUCUAUUGGCCGAACAACAUCGAUCCAAUUCUGAUUUUGCAAUAUAGUAAUAAAAAAACGAAUCAACGAACAAAGCAAAAUCAACAAUGAGAAACUGAAAAACAGUGAAAACCAUCAUCACCCUGUACCUUACGCACCUCUCCAUAACUUCCAUCUUCGCCGAAUCACAGCUUCCACCACCAUCACCGCCGCCGAUCACCGCCGCUACGACAACCGUGAAGGCAAGACACUUGGACGUUUGAAUCAUUGAUAUAAAAUGGUUUCCUUUGAAAUGAAUGAUCGGAAGAAGAUUGGAUUGGGAUUAACAGGCUUUGGUAUAUUUUUCUCAUUCCUUGGCCUUAUCUUCUUCUUUGACAAGGGAUUGCUAGCAAUGGGAAAUAUCCUCUUUGUGUCUGGAGUAUCCCUGACCAUUGGACUGAAAUCCACCAUGCAGUUCUUCAUGAAACGUAGUAAUUUCAAGGGAACAAUUUCAUUUGGGAUUGGAUUCUUUAUUCUUAUCUUGGGGUGGCCUAUUCUGGGCAUGAUUGUGGAGUCUUAUGGGUUCAUUGUACUCUUCAGUGGUUUCUGGCCUACACUGGCUGUUUUCUUGCAGAAAAUCCCUGUUCUCGGUUGGUUGUUUCAACAACCAUUUGUUCGAUCAUUAUUGGACCGCUACAGAGGCAGACGGGUGCCUGUGUAACACGUGGAGAACAUCAUGUAGCUGCUAGCAAGUGCAUAUGUAAGUCAGUGUAAAGAAAAUACUCUCAUAUGGAGACCUAACUCUGAAUUCUGAUGGUAUAGAAUUGUCAUAAUCAUUUUAUUCAAAGGAAAAUGGAAAGGAAAAAGGUUUUUGUAUUCAUUUUACAACUCCUUUUUAGUCCCUUUUUGAUUCUCAUGCUUUAUGGAAAAUCAAUUGAUCAUCGGAGUUGUCAGUUCUUUAACUUCAUCUACAUUACUAUCCAAUUCAUACGACAUCAUUGGAAAGGUUUCUGUACUUGGGGUGUUUUGGUGGCAUUUGUUUACAACUCAUCAUAGGAAUAUAAUGAUUUUAAGUGAUAUCAAAUGGUGUUAGUGCAGCAAUAUGGUACUUGAUAUUUUUAUUUCUUUAUCUGUAAUACACUCUUACAGUGAGAGAGUUGGGAUUGGAGCAGUCGAUUUGAUGUAUGCAAAAUGAAUGCAAAUUGAAACCGUGAAACCAUUAUUUUCCCUUUGUGUGUGGCAUUGGCCAAUUUGAUGUAUGCAAACUGAAACAGUGGUCACUUCUUA